AUGCUCAAAACCCAACAGAAACUUCAUGGAGUGUUGAUUGCCCUUGAGGGCAAUGGCCUUGCGGAGAGGUGUCAAGGUGAGGUGGAGUUAUCAUCUAGUGAAGUGAACUAUGGUGGCUUGAUCCCUGAUGAGGGUCUAUCAAAUGAUAUUCGAGGUGGAGAAUUGUUAGUAGUCAACUCAAGUGGUCAGUUUAGUAAGCUUGAGGUUUUGGAAUUGGGAUCUAAAUCCUGCUUAUGUUUCGGAGCGUCUUCAGUCGCUAAUCACCAGGAGAAGCUACAGAAAAAAAAAAAUCCCAAAGGUGUUAAGGUGUACAGACCAAAUCUAUGGAGAACAGCGAACCAUUCAGUUCCUCAACAGCACCGCUGA